UCCGGCCCCGGGCCCGGCAGAUGGGGGGUGUUGGGUGAGCGGCUGCCCCGGGAGCAACCAUGCUAAGCCACAGCCCAGGCAUGAUGAACAUUGGAACUAUUGAUGUCUAUUUGAACAAGUUAGGGGCCAACCUCCAGACGGUGGUGUACAGCGAAGAGGAGCAGGAGAAUGAAGCCUGGAGGAUGUACAUGGAGAGGAAGAAUGUCGUGCUGGAGUUCCUGCACUCAGACCUAAGCCUCCACCUGCUCAAGCGCCAUCACAAGAGGAUUGAGCUUCUGAAAAAGUGCUCCUACUACAUUGAAAUCCUGCCUAAGCACUUGGCACUGGGAGAUCAGAACCACCUGAUGCUCCCCACCACCAUGUUCCAACUGAUAGACCCCUGGAGGUUCCAGAGGAUGAAGAAAGUGGGGACCAUCCAAACCAAAAUCCAGCUGCUGCUCCUGUCUGACCUGUUGGAAGAGCUGGAGAGAGGUCGGGAGGAGCUGGUCCACUUCCUGGAGACCUACGACAUGAUGACUUUCCUCUCCAGAUGGGACGCUGUCAAACCAAGGCUGUCGAGUCUCUCUGAGCAGAUGGAUUAUUUCCUUGCUAUGCUGGUACCUGGGAGGCUGUACGUCAAGCACCGCCUGGUAUCGGACGUCGGGAUUACCAAGAUCCCUCACAUCAGGCUUGUCCUGAGCACAAAGAUGCCCGUGAUGUUUGACCGGAGGGAAUCAGUGGCUCACGAGGACUGGGUGAGUCUCAAGUGGUUCGUUACCAGCCAGCAGCCGCAGCUUGAACAGUACGAACUCAGCUUUAAGCUGCUGGAGCCCAGAACACCCCAAGAGCGAGUCCACUGCGGAAUCAUGCCGGUCACAUCACACACAUGCGAAAUCCACAACCUGUUGCCUGACCGUUUGUACAGGUUCACUGUCAAAAGGGCAGAGACUUACACACUUGUCUAUGAACAGUGGCACGAUUCCAUCCUGCUUAAGACAAAACCGUACCUUGAGGAAGAAAUGGAGACUGCUAUGUCUGAACCCUGACUUUCCCAUCGUAGCAAUUCACAAGGAAUGUAAAAUAAGUCAAA